AUGGACAGUUCGGAGGUCGAGAUGCCGAUCAUCAUGGGUUAUCAGGAUUCGCAAUUGUCGUCAGCGAGCAACGAAGAGGUCGACAUCUUCCUCGAGAAUUGCUCAUCGCUGUAUAAUCUGAUACUCGACUCGCUGCACAAUCUCACCUCAAAGACAAUAUCAUGUGAAUGCCUUGAAGAGAUGACGUCAACACUAGAAAAAUCGGCCAAAAAGAUACUGGCUGAAAAGCCAGACGUCGAGAACUCGGUGUUACUCCGUCUGAAUACAAUCUGCUGCGCAAUGGAACAACUGCGAAUUCAGCACACGGCUCGCAUAAUGAGUGGAACCGAAUCGGAUGCUUCGAGCUCCGCGCGAAGUACGUCGUCAUCGGUUGCCGGCGAGAUGCGAUCGUGGCUGCAUGAGAUGGAACGAAAAUUGGAAUUGAAUGAUAAGCGACUGAGAGUUGAAUCGAACCUCAACAAGCUGCUCGUAGAUCAACAGACGCUACAACUGGAAAUCCAGCGAGAAGGCCAAUUGCUCAUUAAUCGCCUGGAAAGUCAACUCAAGAACGUGAAAGCCGCAAAUCCGACCGAAGACGAUCGACGACGAGCGUGUGUUAAAGGGAUCCGCAAACGAUGGCACACCAUUUAUCUGCGUAGUCUGUCGUUGCAGUGCAAAAUCGAAGAUCUACUAAACACUCAACAAUCAUCCGACGAUUCGGAGAGCGAUCCCGAGCUCGCCGGACCGCCAACGAAACGCGCGCGUCACCUGCGAAGCGCGGAAUCGUCUUCUGAAGACGACGACGACGACGAAACGGACGUCGACGAGCCGACGGUGUGCGACGAUAAUAUUCUGCCGUUCGCCGAGAGCGAGUACGAGAGCAUCAUGGACGUUAGAACAACGGUCACCUCGUCGGCUUCAUCGUCGGAAGAAUCGAAAAUGUUGAAAUCGACGCCGAAAAAAUGGGACAGUGUGCAACAGGACAUUGGAUACUCGAGUGGCGAGAACUCGAUUCACGAGGCGCUCAGCACAUGUGCCGAACAUUUACUGCCCGAACGGACAUCUGAUAUGCGUCGGAAGCGCAUCGAAUGCUCGCCGGUCAAGGCGUUCUAUCGCACUGUUCAACUGGAAGAUAUGUCGGAUCUUGAAGUCACCAAGGCGAUCAAUGACGACGUUGAUGAUGAGCCGAAUUUGUCCGACUCGAUGUAUGUCAAUCAUGAUAUGACGUUUUCGACGACGCAGAAGCUCACCGAAUACGAUGAAGUGAUGGCGCUACUCAAUGAUGAUCGUUUGCCGUCCGACAUUUCGAUGUCGGAGAGUUUCAACACGAAAUGGAGCGAGAUUCACGGCCAACGCAUUCACGGACGCCGAUUGUCGCGCGUCAGCAAAGAGCAUUUGGAGAACGUCGCCAAGAACUCUUGCGACGCUUCAUCGGAAGACUCGUCAGACGCUGAAGCUGAAAAAGAGCACGAGGAGGAUUUGAUGAGCAUUUCAUUCAAUUCGGUGUCUUUCGACACCUCAUCGCCGCUGAAGCGACAACGAUCGGGACGGGUAUUGAAGAGCUCGAAUUAUAUUCUUGACAAUCUCGAUAUGGACGGCUCGUUCUGCUCGACGAAAUCCGAGAUGCCGCCGUGCAAAAGUCGAACGACGGCACGCCGCAAAUUGCGCGGUCGUCGAAUGCCGAGAAGUAUGAGCGACGGCGAGCAGCUAGGCGUCGUCAGCAGUCUCCAUGGCCUAAUGACGCCGUCGAUUCGCGUCUCGCCGCCUAGCACACCAUUGGCGCGUUCGACGACUCGCCUUUUGCGCAAAUUGGAUGCUCAAUUGAGAGCCAACAUGGACAGCGAUACAGCACCGGAGCACAGCGAUGCAGCUCAGGCGUAUGAGUGGGAUGAAUACAAUCCGCCUGAAAAGGACGAUUCGAUGGCUGACCUUCAGGCUCCUCAAAUGUCGAAUAUCUCGCAAGAAUUGCUCACAAUGGAUGAGGACUUUGCUGAGCAUUUUGGAUCGCCGAGUGCUCUCCGAAUUAUCGAGGAAUCGAAGGCGAACUUGCGGGUUGUGAAAAACGCGUUGGCCGAGAGCAACAUGGAUACACUUCAAAUGUCGAAUUUCGAGCUCAUCGCUCGCACCAAUUUGCGGCAAGUCGAGCAGACCAUCAAAUUCCAAUCGUCGCUUCAACCGUCGCUCAUCGAAGUCAGCACUCUUCACGAUCUUCGCGCCGAAUGGGCGGAACUCCACGAGACAAUUCGAAGCCCAUUUUCGCGGAUCAUGUAUCAAGUGAAGAAGUUCGCGUCGACACUUCAGGAGAUGUCAUCGUUGGCGAGUUUGGGCGACGUCGUCGACAUUCGAACCAAAGAGGACGUCGCGAAAGCGCUCGACGCGGUUUCGCUGAUCGAACGUCGUUUGAGUUGCGAGCGCGAGGAGCUCCGCGAGCUCGUCCGAUCGCCGGCGUUCAAAGAAGUCGCCGAUGAUCUCACACGCGAGUUUGACUGCGUUUCGGAUGGCUAUGACGAUGCUGUCGGCCGAAUCGGCAAAAUGGCGAACUCACUUGCCGAUGUCAAAUCGGAAUGGGAUAAGUGGAAUGAGCGGCAAAAUGACAUCAGAAGCGCAAUGGUUCGUAUCGAAUCGCACUUGAAAAGCGGCGCGUUCGAUAAUCGCCAAAUCGCACAAGAAAUGGAGUUGUGUCAGGAGAGAAUGGACAGUUUGGAGACGAUGUGCAACUAUUUGACCACUUCGCUCUCCGCUCUUCAAUCUGAGAAUGCGUCGAGCGAGAGUCCGGACUUUCGCGCCGAGUUGUCGAUCUACAGCAACGCGUUGGCAAAACUUCGCGACAGAUUCAACGAGAUGACUCGCGUUCCGUCGCCAAUCGAGAUUCCCCAGGAGCCGAGACAUACGAAGUUCAGCACGAGUACGACUCAAACCAUGCGUCCGAGAACAACGGAUUCAUCGACGGACGCGAUUUCGACGAGUGCGAAGCGAUCAUCAACAUCGCGUCUCGUUCAAAUCUCGCUCGCCCUAUCCGUCCUCUCAGCUCUUACCGCAAUUUUCUACUAUCAUGUGUUCGGCCGGCCAUUCGGACCCCACGUUACCUAUGUUAAUGGUCCGCCGCCAGUCUAA